UAGGAGAUUGCGGCGCAGGUUUAGUUUCGGUUGCACGUUCAGGCAAGGAGGGCACGAGUGUGAUAACACGAAUGUAAUCCACUGGUUGUUACUGGGCCGAAUCGGCUGUGACGUGAGUACAGCUUAGCGGAUACCCCCGUGCAUACUGUACCUAGGCAAAGCUGCGGAAUCGACAGCCGUUCGCACGGAGAACAGCUGUGCGCGCUUAAGUGCAGCGCAAUGCUCUCUCGCACGGCUAACAUCCACAUCGGCGUAGUGGUUAUCUAGAGCACCCCCUCCCCGCCCUCAGGCAACAGGCCGGUACCCUCUGUUCUUUUCUUUUUUUCCUCAUUCUUUCUCUCUCGGAAGCUUCUUUCUCUUUUUCGUGACAACGUGCUAAAGACUGGAGCAACGCCUUUUUUUUUUUCCUCUCCUUUUGCGUCGGCUCUGCACUAAGCCUUUUUUCCCGAAGCUCGCUAUCGAGCGACCGGAGAGGAAGUGGGAGCCAUCUCUGUUACCCACUGCGCGUUCUUUCCUGUCGGUCCUGAAGUCGAAUGAUCGGCCUCGCGCGCUAUGGGCUAGUGGCGAGACCGAGGGCUCAAAUCAGCCAGCUCAAGGUGACGCCCGCGCGCUCUUUGAUCGAGCGCGGUCUCGCCAUCUGCUUUGAUAACAGAUGUGUUCGCAGCGCUGUUUACCCCGUACUGUUGCCCGGAAACUGCGGUGGUCUGGCAGUGUGGCGAUCAAUGCGCACCGAGCCCUUUAGCCGACUUCGUCCGGCGAGCGCCGGGAGCAGCAAUCAAGCCCGCUAUUGACAGUCGGUGAAUGGCUGUCUGAUUACUGCCCUGCCUACGGCAUGGCUAAAUAUACGUCGCACGCUGUCUCGUGUACUGUCACUCCCACGCAUCCCGCCUUGGGCGAAAGAAAGUCCAGAGCUCGUUGGCUGCGUUUGCGAUUUCAAUGCGUCCCUGUAAACCUAUGUGUGGCGCCUGGAGCAAGCCUGCAAACGCGGCUCAUCACUGUGCGCCUUGAUGCAGACCGAACGGUGGCAUUGGCGUCGUGCGACCUCUGCAUUUGCCCGCUCUCUCAGUGCGAGGAGCCAGCUGUACCAGUCAGUCACAUUUAGAAGAGAGGGGGCGGCAGAACAUUAGGCGCUGUAUCCUUCUUAAGCCAUUGCGUAUUUACUCGCUAAAUGUGUACAACAACGCAGUCAUAAAGCGCUUGAUAAUAAUUGAUGUUGUUGCCGGUCAGUGUCGUCAGGAGGCUGAGAGUGUUCUGUGAUCAGCGAUAAUAAGAAAACGAGGACACAUCACCACAUGGUGGUGAUGUAGUGGUCUUCCAAUGGCAAUGAUGACAAUGCCCAUGAAGAGCAUCCCUUCCAAGGGUCUCGCCACCUCUCCUCUCGCCUGCGCCAUGGAGAGUUCGAGCAGCCGAAUGCAGCGCAACUUUGCUGAGAAGCAGCGGCGAGACAAGCUGAACAGCUACAUCAAUGAGCUGGCCAACAUUGUGCCCAUGGUCUCCAUGGCUUCCAAACGGCUGGACAAGACCAGCAUUCUCCGGCUCAGUGCAGCACACCUCCGCUUUUAUCAGACUGCGCUUGCCUCUGAACGAGGAAGAGUUACCAAAACCAAGUGGAGACCCAAGUUUCUGAGCACUGAUCACCUAAAAGAUCUCCUUGAAGUUGUUGAUGGCUUUGUGCUAGUCACCUCAACAACGGGCAAGAUUAUAUACAUUUCUCCAUCAGUGGAACGCUUUCUGGGCCAUCAGAAUAUUGAAAUGAUUGGUCACUCCAUCUUCACAUUCCUGCACUCCGCAGAUGUGCAGACUGUGCAUGAUUGUUUUGAGUCCCUGGUCAGAGGACCCAUGCAGCGCCGGGGCGACUGGGUCAGUUCGGAGCGAUGCUCUUUCUUCUGCCGCAUUCGUGAGCGCAGCCAGCCUCGCUCCGAGGUGCUCACUUACCAGGUGAUCCAAGUGGUGGGCCACCUGACUGGGCCAGCCUCAGACAAUGCCAAUGGUCAGGGCUCUAAUUGCCUUUUCAAGACCUUCGUCCGGCUGGUCAACACCAAUCCAUACAAAGAGCUUUCCCUACGAGAGGCCUGCCAGGACGAGUACGUCACACGACACAAACUCGAUGGCACCAUCAUUUUUGCGGACCACAGGCUGUCUACUCUGACGGGUCACCUUCCCCACGAGGUGUUGGGAGUGUCAGCCCACAAGUACCUGCACCCAAGUGACAUGGCCAUCGCCAUGUUUGCACAGAAACAAAUGUUCGCCAGCAACUCAGGGAAAGGUGUUGUUGUCUAUCGUUUGAGGACUCGCGACGAUUCGUUUAUUUUCCUCCGCUCUUCGGGCUAUCUGCAAUAUGACCAAGGCACCAUGCAGAUGGACCACUUUGUCUGCAUCAACACCCUGAUGACGGAAGAGGAAGGACAGCGAGAGCUGCAGACCUUCUUUGAGCGCUUCUCACCACACAUCACAGCCAUGUCUGUGCAAGAGCUGGGCGAGUUUUUCGCCUCGUACGCGGCUCGUCGCACAGCCAAGCUGGCUGGCUUCACUGAAGGCAGUGCCACCCAAAAUCCCCUGUCCCUGUCUCGGCUGGUGGAGCCCAACUUAUACCUGGGCUCGGACUGUCUCGUCAAGAUCAAGCGGGAGCCGCAUGACCUGCAGAGUGAUGCCCUCAUCCAUGGUCCUGAGGCAGCGCACAGUGCUUGGCAUCUAAGCCAAGAAUCGUCCUUUCAAGACUCAGUACAGCAAGACGAAGACGACGACUGUGAAGACACGUAGUGAUACAAGGACACACAGACGUGCUGUACAGACUUGCUCCCGUGCGUGUGUGGACACUUCACGAGGACGUCGCAGACCUGCAGCGCUGGAGCGUGUGUGCCAGUGCUUGUGUUUGUGUACCAACCAUGGACAGAAGAAAACUGAUGGCCUGUGCAAUACAGUGCAGUGUGCAGUCUGGUCUAUGGAAGGGACCAAAGCAACAAGGCUGCUUAUGCUACUCCCGCGGGUGGUGACAUACACACUUUCUCUCUCUAUCUGGAAGCUGCCACCACCGCCGUGCUCUGCCUCCUGUCGCCAUACUCCUCAAGGGGUCUAGCGGUCGAGACAAGGACAUUGGGGGGAAACAGGCAGUAUGUUGCAUUGUGAGAAUUUUUUUUUUUUCUGGCCUUGUUCUUGUUCGCAUUUUGGGACUUUUUUUUUUCUUAGUGUUAAUGCUCCUGUAUAUUUUUUUUUCUCAAAUCUGUUGCUGCACAGGCAAUGUGAGAAUUGUUUUGUCCAAAGCAAUGUGUGCAACUCCCUGUUUUGCGGUGCAGAACAUUCUAGUCUUUCUCACAUGCUUCACCAUUGAUUUUUUUUUAUUAUUAUUAUUAUUUUUUUUACACCAACCCAUCAUCUCCAUCAGGAUGGCAGUGUCAAGUGCAGUCCUUAAAUGAAAGCCUUGAAGGAGCUAUUUUCAUAUUGUCUUGUUGGGAAGAUAACAAGAGAUAGAUAUAUAUAUAUAUAUACAUACAUACAUACAUAUAUAUAUACACACCAACAUAAUAUACUACCAGUGCUCAAUGAUUCGCGUUGUAGUCUUUGAAUGUAGUUUUAGAAUUGGACAAAGCUCAAAUCAGCCUGUGGUUGCAUUUACCAAGGAUCUCUGGCUUUGGUGUUGGAAAGUGUUUGGCAAUGAAUGACCAAUGAAUUAGUAAGCGGCAGCAGGCAAAGCAUAAUUUGGUGAUAUGUCUGUAUGUCUGAGCUUUCACCCACCCCCCAAACCCCAUUGCCUGGACACUUGAGCAUUCGGCGUUGCUGCCAGUUUGAACCGGGACUUAGUGCAAAUCAUCGCAUCCCUCUCCCAAUAGCGCCUUUUUACCACCUUUUUCUUCACCCAGCUGUUCUGUUUUUGUGUACAAAAAAGGGCAUGCAUGACAACAUAUUUAAUAUACAUGUCUCUAGUGCAAUCGGAGAGUGCUUGUAAAUGUGCUUGUGCAUCGUGACGGUGUGUGCCUUUGUUCCAGGCAAGCUGCGGUCGUCACUCUUUUUUGUGUUUUUGGCGUCACGGCAUUGUUGUCCAGUAGAGCCACUGGAAGUUUGUUUCUCCUUAGGCUUGUUACAGUUUUUUUUGUUGGUUGGUUGAGGGCAGAUGUUAAAAAGACAAAUAACCAUUGAUAUGCCUCACUCACAAGUUGUUUGGGGCUCUUACAUGGCAGGACAAGCUUCUCUAGAUUAUUCUAUAUUUUAGGGCUCAAGCACUGCCGGGCAUUGCUUAAAGGGCCUUGUGCGGCACAAUCGUUACUUGAGGGGCACUAGGAACUCUUCACUUUUGAAGGAAAGAGAGAAAAAUAAAUGUGGCUAUUUUUUAUGAGUGCUUUUUGAGGUGGGUUAGUUCGUAGCCAAGAUAUCAAAAGGGCAGUUUGCGACUACUCGCUGCUGAGCUGUCAUUGCUGAAUUGUUAUCGAGCACUCCUUCACAGAGAAAGCUUCGUGAAAGUGUUAAAACAAACAUGAGCAGAAGCUUUGUAGCUUGAUUUGAAGCCGUAGUGAGUCGUUUUUACUAUGGGUAGCGUACACUCAUUGGAAGGGUGCUACAUCACUGGAGCUUCUACAAAAUACUGUUACCUUUUUGCGGCUUAUAAUUUUUAAACAUGUUGAUAUUUGGAAUUUUCUUAAAUGGAGUAUUCAUAUUGCACUUGUAACAUAUUUGUAUGUCCUUUUGCAGCAUGCAUGUGUGGUUGUAAGGCACAACUUGUUACCUGGCUCAAAUUUUCUUGUAAAGUCUAGUUGAAAUCAUGUUAAAUGUUUAUAAGAUGCCUUUGUGAUAUAUGACAGCCACUGUGUAGUUCAAAUGAAAAACAUUUGGAAUGUGACGUUAUGGUUUAUUUUCUGCUGAAUACAUGUAAUAUUGAAGGAUGUGUUUUUCAUGCCAAAUACUUAAAGGCUUUUUUUUUCUUAGUUAAAAAUUCAAACAGUACAAGUAUAUCAGAGGCAUUUACAUUGUGAAAUUGGCUGCCAUGAAGGUGUGAAAUGUUAUGAUGUUGUGGUUAUUAAAUUUAACUGUUUGCAUAGCUCCAAAAGGAACAGGCUGCGAGACGUCCUCUCAGUCGCGAGACAUCCUCCAGGUGGCGUUUGGCCUCAUCGGGCUACAGCUUAUAGCGCCAACAGUUUAUAAUGAAGCUAUUAAUGAGCUCCUGCAAAUCGUUGGUCUUUUUUUCGACUGGUACAAAAACGCUAGUUGCACCAUUUAUAAGAAAGCUGUAACUCUUGACCUCCCUUCUCAUGUGCAUAGGAAAUGCAGAAGUGCUUUCAUUUGGCAAGCCCUGAAACAAUUUUUAAGUAAAACUUGUUGCAUUGAAAAAAAAAGGAUCAAUGUUAAAUUGCUGGAAACUAAAAAUUUCAGAAAAGAAAUUAACAAGCAGGUUUUACAACCCCAUACUUUCACAAUGAAAACAAACAUUGCAAUUCUCUAUGCUGCACUCAUUAGGAUGUGCAGAGUGGUCAAUAUUGAUGUAUUAUUCUUUGCCCUGUGAUGUGAAUAACUUGCAUGAUUUUUUUUCAACACUUGCAUAAACCAAAUAACCGUAUCGUGUAAAGCCCAACUUAAUGCAUUGAAUUCAUCUGCUUUACACACUGUAAUUGAUACAGUUUACAGAAUUGCGGUAUCCUUUUUUAUUGAGAGUUGUAAACUUGAGCGCAAUAUUUUUAAAGUUUUACCGAUUUAGAGCAAAUUUCUUAGAAACAUUUAAGGACCUUGCAAUAGCAAGAAAACUUGGGCUGAAAGUUCAUAUUUGCUGCUUGUCAAAUUAAAGACCCAUAUCAGAAUCUGCUCCCAACAGCCACUAUAGUGCAACUUCUGAUGCAGCAGUUUGUUUAAAUUUGUUCAAUUGAACCCAGUAGGAGCAUUAAGCAGUGAGAGCAUUUCUGCAUCUUACUGACAUUCAAAUGGCAAACUUAUAGUAGGCCCAAGCUAAAGCCCUCUCUAUCCUAAUUGUGCCACACACCACACACUCACUUUUGUGCUAUUACCGAUUCCACCAUUAAUGGCACAGCGCAUCUGGAGCAUGGUAUUGUGGACCGUUGCCUUUUUCGUCCACAAUAUUGUUGCUUUAACUGGUUUGUACAUUGCCUUAAGGCUAGAAGUGGCACAAAUCAUCGGGCGAAUUGUGGGACCAAAUGUUUUUGCGCAAUGGGCCCACGUUGUUCAUUUAGGGAAGUAUCUACACAUUCAAAUAAUGAAAUUUUACUCACACAGAGGAUCUUGCCACUGUAUUUACGUGGCAUUCUUGCUAGGGAUAUUUGGACAGCGUUGCUUCAUUGUUCAACAUUUAAUCUUAACAGACACAUUACAGAGGCGUAGAUUUAGAAAGUGUAUGUCGUUGGCUGUAGCUGUUGUGAACUUGAUGUGUAUGCUCGGAAACAUCCCAUGAAAAGCUAGUUAGUGCGAGUUCUGACCUGUAACAACACUAUCGAAUACAGUUGCAUUGUCCUCCUGUAGAGAAGAUACCAAUUUUCCAUCCGUAUAGCCUGAAACAAGAUUUCAAGAAAUUAAUGCGCGAAAAAGAGUAAGUUGAACUUUGGUGUUGAGUGCAGUGUUUGCACAUUUCCGUGAAGCCUUGCCAUGAAACAGCUCUGAAAGCAAAUAAUUUAAUGUGUGCUGCUCAUUGCUGUAAAGCUGCACUACAUUUGAGCGGAAAGCAACAGGGAAAUCAGUGAUGAGUCGACAUACAAAAAGAAAGAUUGUUUCUAGAGCUUUGCUCUUUGCACUCCAAUGGUGUCAGGUUGCUUUUAUUAAGACUUGAAAGUUGUAUGGGUUCAUUCCUGCAGGUUGUGCACGCAUUUUUGCAUGUGUGCACAUUAUACAUUUUUCUUUUUCUUUCUUUCUCUUCUUUUACCUUUUUUUUUUUGACCAUACAUUAUAAAGAAGAUUGCCUGUGGCAGAUAGCAUAAUUUUAGUCACAGCUGGAUUAAUUGAAGAGGCGCACAUUACUUGUGUGUGAAAUUGAAAUGUGUAAUCGAGUAACUAACGAAAAAUCGCCGAUUACAUUUCUUUAUUAUUUUAUGGCACAUUUUGCAAUUUACAAGUUGCAGCUCUAUCCACUUGGAAUGAAUUUCCAGGAUAACACCAGUUUCAUGAUAUCAAUUUCCUAUGUAUGUGACGAAAUGCAUGGGCAUUUCAGUUACUUUUUUUAGUAUAAAAUGGCACAUUGUUAAAAAAUUCAGUAGAAUAGUGAAAUCUUAAAUCAAGUUUCACUGUGCAUAUCUCAAAACCCGUGCGAUCCUUAGAAGUCAUUCCAAGUGAAUAUGCCUUUCAAACUCGGCAGCUACAAUUUGCAAAUCGCAAAAUGUAUUCCGUAAAAUAAUUAGUUCAUUAAUACAUUUUGUUAAUCGAUUAUGCAUGUCGAUUUCUCGUGCUAGUGGUGUCCACUGCUUCUAGUAAACUAGCUCAAGGUCUACAAUUCUGCAACCUGCCACAAGUGAUUUUAUGAAAUUCUGUAGAGUUUAAAAAAAACACCCUGUAUGUACAGAAAAACAUUGUAUUGGUGGUAAACGUGCAUUUAUUUGAAUGCUUCAUACAAGCACCCCCCUCUCAACCGGUGUUGUCUGCAGUGGAUGUUGGCAACAGAAGCAGUAACGAUUACAUGGCGUUGGAGGUGCCACUGUUGCUUCCUUUUUUCUGAAGCCUCCACUUGCAAGCACAUAAUGACAGAAUGCCAGUGUGGAAUGAUUGCGUGCAAACAGUUGUGAAAGCAUGCCUUCUUUGUUUCAGUCUACUUGACUGUAUAUCUACCAGCAUAUCAACACUAGUUUGCCAGAGAAAUAUACACUAGAAGGAGACUGUGUUGGUGUCAUCCUGUGGAGUUCCCGCUUUAGACGGGGUAAAGCUGCAACGUUUGCUUGAAGACGGCAAAUGUAGUGACCGUGAGGAACACAUCUAAAGAAGUACUGACGUGAUAUUUUCAACUACAAAUUCUUUUGCAUUAAAUGACUGCCUCAGACCGCUCUGUACCCUAGGAAAAGUGCUUGCAAGCCUUGGAACAUCCUUAAGUAACUGAAUAAAAUGUUUUCUACAGCCAGUUUCGGGCUCAUUUCUACUGUGUUGUGACACAGAAGGUAGAAAUGUGGGCGCAGGACAUUGAUGUUUUGACACAAACACUUGCUCGCUCAGUCGCCUCCUAUGAUGCUACUUGUAAGGUCAAUUUAACAGCAUAACAGACGACCGAGCGAGCCGCGGUGAAUGCUAAAACAUCACAAUGUCCUGCUGCCAUGCAACUACCUUCUGCAUCAUGACACUGUAGAAACGAAAGCAAUACUUGCUGUAGAAAAGCUAUUAUAUUAAAUUAAUUAAGGUGCUGUGAUGCUUGCAAGUAUUUUUUUUUUAGGUUUUAGAAGUCCCAGACGUUCAUUUAAUGCGAGAAACGAAUCAAAAAUGUGAUUUCAGUACUCCUUUAACAAGAUGUCCACUAGAACAGCAGUUCAUUACUCUGCAGAAAUUACUCUGUGGAAGGCAUUUGUUGGUCAGGGACCACAAAGUAUGUGUGCAUGCUUGUGCAUAAACAUUCAUUUACAAGGCAUUCUCUACACACAAGGCUAUGUUUGCUUUGCACUGCAAUAUACCUACAUAAGUCAUGUCAGGUGUGAAAGUAAGGAUGGUGAAGCAUGCAAGUUGGAAGAUAUCCAUUAUAAAGACUUCUGUUCCAGUGUU